AAUCAAACACAGCGGACGCCAGGAGUCGUAAUAACACGAAAGCCCUCGUCUCUAUCCUUUCGUAAGUCGUAACGAAGAAGAGAAAAGAAACUGCAGGUGUCGCCGGCGACAAAGUCACCACCGUCACAAAAUUUGGACAUUCCAUUAUCCGCCUCGGCCACCAACUUUCUAGGAGGCUUUUGAUGAAUUUGGGGAAACAAUGGCAAGCCAUUCAGGAAGAGGAGUCCCAUCAAAUGGUUCUGUUUAUGUUUGUAAUCUACCUCAGGGAACGGAUGAAACUAUGUUAGCUGAAUAUUUCGGGACCAUUGGCUUGCUAAAGAAAGAUAAGCGAACUGGUCGACCUAAGAUAUGGUUAUACAGAGACAAGGCAACAAAUGAGCCGAAAGGAGAUGCUACCGUUACUUAUGAGGAUCCCCAUGCUGCAUUGGCUGCUGUUGAAUGGUUUAACAACAAGGAUUUCCAUGGAAGCACGAUUGGCGUUUUUAUUGCAGAGAGUAAGAAUAGUAAUGCUGGUGGCGAUCCUCCAACUGUGGCUGGUGAUGGUGGUGGAUUGGAGGAAGAUGCGGCUAGGGACAUGAAUGGGGGUGGUGGAAGGGGUAGAGGUCGGGAUGAUGCUUCAGGACAAACAUGGCAACAGGAGGGAGACUGGCACUGUCCCAAUACAAGUUGUUCCAAUGUAAAUUUCGCCUUCCGUGGUGUGUGCAACCGCUGUGGAACUGCUCGACCUGCAGGUGCAUCUGGUGGUGGUGGAGGGGCUGGUGGUCAUGGGAAGGGACGUGGUGCCCAUGACUCUGGCAGUCAUGGCCGAGGAGCAGUAGGUGCUACUGGUGGACUUUUCGGCCCAAAUGAUUGGCCUUGUCCUAUGUGUGGCAACAUUAACUGGGCUAAGCGUACAAAAUGCAAUAUAUGCAACACCAAUAAACCUGGUCACAAUGAGGGUGGUGUGAGAGGAGGACGUGGUGGUGGUUACAAGGAACUUGAUGAAGAAGAGAUAGAGGAAACAAGACGACGUCGACGUGAGGCAGAAGAAGAUGAUGGUGAGAUGUAUGAUGAGUUUGGCAAUCUCAAGAAAAAAUUCCGAGCCAAAACACAACAAGCUGAAGCUGGACGAGGGCUACCAGGUUCGGGCCGUGCUGGCUGGGAGGUUGAGGAACUAGGUGUGAUUGACAGGGAUGGAAGAGAAAGAAGCAGAGAUAGGGGAAGGGAACGGGACGAUAGAGAAAGUAGCAAGAAUAGAGAUCGUGAAGAUAGGGAAAGACGCCGUAGUCGAAGCAGAGAGAGGGAUAGGGGAAAGGAUCGCAACCGUGAUUAUGUUUAUGACCGAGAUAGAGAAUAUGGACGGGAUAGGGAACGAGAUCGAGAUCGAGAUCGAGAUCGAGACCGAAGCAGGUAUUACUGAGAAAGGACAAGUCAUUGUCUAGGUAUUGUGCUUGCUAUGUCUCCAUGGUCAGGAAGAUGACACUUGAUUGAAGCUUCUGAGUUGAAUUGGCAUCUUUUGUGUGCUUGGAAUGCUGAGACUACACUCUACAGUUUUAAGUAUUUCUAGAUUUUAGUGUCACGGGUGCUAUAGCACAGUUUUGCUGCUAUAGGAAUCAUUUCUGGUGUAGAUUUUGCAAUGGAACAUUUUUCAACCUAACUUAAUUUCUAUCUCCUUACAAUCGAACUUCAUGCUACUUUUAAGCUUU